AUGCGAUUCACUAGCUGCCUCUCUCUCCUCGCGCUCGUGUCUGCCGUCGUAGCGGGUGGCUCCUACCCGUCCUCAACACCCGGCCAUGGGUGGCUUUGCCCAGACCACGAUGGCCACGGCAAUUGGAAAGCCGGCUGGGGAUGUGAUGCCCCGCCUUACAAGGGACCUCACUUUGGCUGCACAUUCCGCACGGGCUCGACGGGGUGGUAUUCGUGCUCGUUCGAUGCCAACUCUGGAAAAUGUGCUGAUGGCCAAGACUCGAGGUGCCCGUCGUCUGCCUCGUACUCGGGCAGGAAGAAGAGGGACCCGGAGGCUGCACCAGCGCCCGUUCCUGUCUUUCGUGGAUCGAGCGAGGCUGCCCGUCUUGUUUAA